CUCUGGCUGGCUAGCCCUUCCUCUGGUUCUGUGUAGGGAGAAACACUCGCUAGCUAGCUACUUGUCUGUUGCUGAUCUCGUGUAGCUAGCCUCACCGUCGAGCGGAGAUGACGGGCGGAGGGAUGUCGGUGUCGGCGCCGGGCGGCGUGGAGUUCGAGGCAAAGAUCACGCCCAUCGUCAUCAUCUCCUGCAUCAUGGCCGCCACCGGCGGGCUCAUGUUCGGCUACGACGUCGGAAUCUCAGGCGGUGUGACGUCCAUGGACGACUUCCUGGAGGAGUUCUUCCCGGCGGUGCUGCGGCGGAAGCAGCAGGACAAGGAGAGCAACUACUGCAAGUACGACAACCAGGGCCUGCAGCUCUUCACGUCCUCGCUCUACCUCGCGGGGCUCACCGCCACCUUCUUCGCAUCCUACACCACGCGCCGACUGGGGCGCCGCCUCACCAUGCUCAUCGCAGGGGUCUUCUUCCUCGUCGGCGUCGUCUUCAACGGCGCCGCGCAGAACCUCGCCAUGCUCAUCGUCGGCAGGAUCCUGCUCGGCUGCGGCGUAGGCUUCGCCAACCAGGCCGUUCCUCUGUUCCUGUCGGAGAUCGCGCCGACGCGGAUCCGCGGCGGGCUCAACAUCCUGUUCCAGCUGAACGUGACCAUCGGCAUCCUCUUCGCGAACCUCGUCAACUACGGCACCAGCAAGAUCCACCCGUGGGGCUGGCGCCUGUCGCUCUCCCUGGCCGGCAUCCCGGCGGGGCUCCUCACCCUCGGCGCCAUCUUCGUCACCGACACCCCCAACAGCCUCAUCGAGCGCGGCCGCCUCGACGAGGGCAAGGCGGUGCUGAAGAAGAUCCGCGGCACCGACAACGUGGAGCCCGAGUUCAACGAGAUCGUGGAGGCGAGCCGGAUCGCGCAGGAGGUGAAGCACCCGUUCCGGAACCUGCUCCAGCGCCGUAACCGGCCGCAGCUCGUCAUCGCCGUGCUCCUCCAGAUCUUCCAGCAGUUCACGGGCAUCAACGCCAUCAUGUUCUACGCGCCCGUGCUCUUCAGCACGCUCGGGUUCAAGAACGACGCGUCGCUCUACUCGGCGGUGAUCACCGGCGCCGUGAACGUGCUGUCGACGCUCGUGUCGGUCUACUCCGUCGACAAGGUCGGGCGGCGGGUGCUGCUGCUGGAGGCCGGCGUGCAGAUGUUCCUGUCGCAGGUGGUGGUGGCCAUCGUGCUGGGGAUCAAGGUCACCGACAAGUCCGACAACCUGGGCAGCAGCUGGGCCAUCCUGGUGGUGGUGGCCAUCUGCACCUACGUGGCGGCGUUCGCCUGGUCCUGGGGCCCGCUCGGGUGGCUCAUCCCCAGCGAGACCUUCCCUCUCGAGACGCGGUCGGCGGGGCAGAGCGUCACCGUGUGCAUCAACCUGCUCUUCACCUUCCUCAUCGCGCAGGCCUUCCUCUCCAUGCUCUGCCACAUGAAGUUCGCCAUCUUCAUCUUCUUCUCCGCAUGGGUGCUCGUCAUGUCCAUCUUCGUCCUCUUCUUCCUCCCGGAGACAAAGAACGUGCCCAUCGAGGAGAUGACGGAGAAGGUGUGGAAGCAGCACUGGUUCUGGAAGCGCUUCAUGGACGACGACCACCACCACAUCGCCAACGGCAACGGCAAACACAACGGCUCCGUUUAAGCGCCGAUAUAUAUCUCAACUGUUCUGCAGUCGCCUCCUCGGGUGCAGAACUCGAAUUAGAAUUAAACAAGAUGGAUGCUGAGCUUUAUAGAUCGAUGGAUCUCGUGUGUAAAGAUAUGCAUAUACUUUCAAUCGCGUGCUCAACUAUGAAACUCAUGAGAAGAGCAGGCAGGCCUUAUA